UUGCUGCUGAGCGCCUCCACUGGCAACCUUCUUUUCCAGCGCUGUUCGUGGGCAGGCAAAAAUGGCCGACUCGUCAGUUACAGUGCGCACUCGAAAAUACAUGACUAACCGUCUGCUGUGCAGAAAACAAAUGGUGGUGGACAUCAUCCAUCCCAACCGCGGCACCGUCUCCAAGAACGAGGUGCGUGAGAAGCUCAGCACCAUGUACAACACAACGCCCGAUGUGGUCUUCUGCUUUGGCUUUCGCACACAAUUUGGCGGUGGCAAGACCUCUGGUUUUGCCCUGAUCUAUGACACCCUGGACUUUGCCAAGAAGUUCGAGCCGAAAUACAGGUUGUGCAGGAAUGGGCUUGGUGAGAAAGGCAGAACAGGUCGCAAACAGCGAAAGGAACGCAAGAACCGUAUGAAGAAGGUUCGUGGAACAAAGAAGGCCAAGGUUGGAGCAGCCAGUGGAAAGAAGCGCUAAUGGGGCUCUCGCUCGCUCUGCUCUCUCAUUGGCUUUGGCUGGUGUGGUGCUUGCAAGUAACCUCGGACCCCAAGAAUGGUUGCGCCGCCAUGUGUACAUUUUGGUCAUCUCCAAUAAAUGUGGAUGGAGCACAACA